AUGGGGUACGCAGAGGAGGGCCUCUCCUCGGAGCUGCCGGUCAAGCAUGAAAUGUCCAACGAUGUCAAGGCUGCCGAAGAAGGUGUCAUCACCGAAGAGCAUCAUGUCGAACUUCAGCGUGCCCUCAAAUCUCGUCACAUCACCAUGAUCGCCAUCGGUGGUGCCAUUGGUACUGGUCUCAUUAUCGGAACUGGAGGCGCUCUGGCAAAAGAUUGUACUGACUCUCUUCAGCCCGGUGCAAUCCUCAUCUCGUACUCGUUCGUCGGUUUCAUCGUCUACCUCGUCAUGUGUGGUCUGGGAGAAAUGGCCACCUGGUUGCCCAUGCCCUCUGGUUUCACCGGUUAUGCCGUUCGUUUCUGUGACCCGGCUCUAGGAUUCGCCAUCGGUUGGACAUACUGGUUCAAAUACAUUAUCGUGACGCCCAAUCAAUUGACAGCCGGCGCCCUGGUCAUAUCGUUCUGGAUCGACACCACCCGGGUCAAUGCCGGGGUGUGGAUCACCGUCUUCCUCGUGCUGAUCGUCUGCAUCAACUACUUUGGCGUGCGCUUCUUUGGCGAGUUCGAAUUCUGGCUGUCCUCGUUCAAGGUCGUCGUCAUCGUCGGGCUCAUCCUGCUGUCCUUCAUCUUGAUGCUGGGCGGCGGGCCCGACCAUGACCGCAAGGGGUUCCGCUACUGGAAGAGCCCCGGCGCCUUCAACUGGUACAUCGAGGAAUCCGCCGCGGGCCGCUUCUACGCCUUCUGGGCCACCAUGGUGUCGGCCACCUUCGCCUACCUGGGCACCGAGCUGGUCGGCGUGACCGUCGGUGAAGCGCAGAACCCGCGCAAGACGAUCCCGCGCGCCAUCAAGCUGACCUUCUACCGCAUCCUCUUCUUCUACGUGAUCAGCGUGCUCCUCGUCGGCACCCUCGUCCCCUACAACUCGCCCAAGCUCAUCUUCGCCACCAAGCAGUCCAGCUCGGCCGCCGCGUCGCCCUUCGUCGUCGCCAUCGAGCUGGCCGGCAUCCCCGUCCUCCCGCACAUCCUCAACGCCUGCAUCCUCCUCUUCGUCUUCUCCGCCGCCAACUCCGACCUCUACAUCGCCACCCGGACCAUCUACGGCCUCGCCCGCGAAGGCAAGGCCCCCGCCAUCUUCGCCCGCACCGACCGCCGCGGCGUCCCCAUCUACGCCCUCGCCAUCUCCGCCACCAUCGCCUGCCUCGCCUACAUGAACGUCUCCAGCGACUCCAAGACCGUCUUCGCCUACUUCGUCGACCUCGUCACCAUCUUCGGCCUCCUCACCUGGAUCUCCCUCCUCGUCACCCACAUCCACUUCGUCCGCGCCCGCAAGGCCCAGCACGUCCCCGACGCCGACCUCGCCUACCGCGCCCCCUUCGGCGCCGCCGGCUCCUACUUCGCCCUCGUCUUCUGCUGCAUCAUCGCCCUCACCAAGAGCUACGACGUCUUCACCCACAACCCCAAAUGGGGCCGCUUCAACUACAAGACCUUCAUCACCGCCUACCUCGGCAUCCCCCUCUACCUCAUGCUCAUCUUCGGCUACAAGCUCGUCACCCGCUGCAAGGGCGUCGACCCCGCCGAGGCCGACCUGUGGUCGGGCAAGGAGGAGAUCGAUCGCGAGGAAGCCGAGUUUCUGGCCCGCAAGGCAAUGGAGGAGCCGCAUAACCCGCGCGGCAACUGGUUCUAUAACACGUUUGUGGCGUGGUUGUUCUAG